AUGAACGUCUCGGGCGACGGAGGGGUUUACCGAGGGCCGCGCCCACGCCCAGGGGCAGACUCUUCCUCCAUAUUGGCCACGUCGUCUGGUGCGCUCCCCAAAACUCAAAAUCACAGCCAGUGCUCGGUGGGAAGCGCAGAGGCAUGCAAGGAGGAGGAGAGGCUCAUUGUCGAGGAUGCACUGCGCCGAUUGCCUCAACUCGCCGCGUUCCCGCUACUGUCGAUGUCUCCUCGGGCCUCGAGCCACGUAAAUGAUGCACUGGUCGAAAACUCGUCUUUCGACUCGCGUCAAGGUACCUCGUACCAUCUGGCAGCGGACGAGGAGGCGCUGCUGCUGCAGGAGCUGGUGAACAUCACCGCCGGCGCCGCACCAUUCAUGUCCACUGCCGCUCAGGAGGAGCAGGCCACCGGCGGCUCCGAAAAAAGGCCCGACGAGGCUGCUACUCUGCUGGGUAGCAGGGAAACAGGCACACAGGUACCAGCAGCAACAGCCACUGCAAAUGGUGAUUCCACCUCCAGCGCACCGAAAGUGUCGGCAAGCGAACCCGCCGCCACUUCCCCGGCUGCUUUGUCUGUUCAUGCCUCGACUCACACGGGCAAAGGUGCCAGCUCGUCAAAGCGAAGGCGCGCCGUCGCGCCACCCACAUCUUCCAAGACGGCGGUGCUGAAAGAGGAGCAGGACAUCCUCGAUGCCAUUCUCGCUGCUGUGGACGGUCAGCAGUCCAGCGUCAGUGGUGAUCUGCUGGGCGAAACGUCGGCGGCGGCGGGGGCUGAAGCGGCGGCAACUUCCGCUGACAGCGAUGAGGAGAUAGACGAGGUGGACCUGGUGCUGGGGCAGGCGAAACAGCUGACCUCAUCGACCGUGCUGUGCGAAACUCAGCGUGGUGAGGUGGUACUGCACGUUCACGAGCACAUGGCGCUUCGCUGCAAACUGGCGGACCUGCGCAAAGCGGCCGGGGAACCGACGUGUGUGGCUGUGGCAGAGUCCUUCGAUAUAAGUGCCAGGGCGCCGACGCACGCAAGCACCGCUUCACCGGCGGCUCACACUCCGUCGUGGUCGCUCAGAUGCGCCAUGGGCACAUCGCUCGGCGUCGUUGUCCUCUUCGAUCGCCGAUGGACGGUGCUUGGCAUAUGCGGCACCGUGGAGGCGAGCGUCGGGAAUGCCCGUGGCGCCGUCGUCUCCCUGUCACUCUGCACCCCCACCGCUGCUCUUGGUGGAGCCGAUGAGACAUGCGAUGGGCGAACGGCGGCCACCGGCCACGCAAGAGGCACGUUUGUUCUCUGGUCGCUGCACACGUUCUCCCCUCUGCGAGUCGUGUCCGAUGAGAGCAGGGUGCCGGUGCUGCGUGUGAUGCACCUGCAUCGGGACCCGACACGCAUUCUCGUCCUGGACAGCAGCGGUGCCGCGAGGUUUUUUCAGUUUUGGAAAGUGAUGGCGAAGUACGUGUUGCGCGCCACCACCGUCACCUCCGCUUCAGCGGCCGCGCCGAUCAGUGACAUUGAUACGUUGCCGUGUCCCAGCAGCUUCUACAUGGCCAAUCUGGAAACGCUGAAGCAGCACAUGCCGUGCAGCAACGGAGAGGAAAGCGAUGGCGACGUCAGCGCACCGUGGCUAUGCGCACCCCCACCGCUUCCACCGUCAGCGGCCACCGCGGCAGGCAUCUCGCGGACGGCGUGGCCCACGAUCGCUGGCAAACACUUUGUCGCCACGGUGAGUCAUGACGCGGUGCUGGUGUACGUUGUCGACACAGGAUUGCAGGGCACCGUCACAGGCGUGGCGCGCCAUAGCCACCCACCCUCGUCGGCGCUCAGUAACGAGCUCGUUCGGUUUGUCGUGAUGGAGGUAGAGAGGUCGACGCCGCGGCUGCUGCUGUGCGUCUCUUGGAACACCGAGGUGGAGCUGCUGUUGAUGAAUCUGCGCGUCCCAGAGCCGAGCGGCAGCGGGAAGACGGCAGCGGCAGAGCCGAUGAUGGAAGGCCUGGAGCGGCUUACCCUGCUCCGGUUGUCGGCACCGCUGGUGCAGAUGGUUCCGCUGGCGGGGUGCAGCGUGCUUUUGUGCGACCAAAACAACCACGCUCAUCUCAUGGACGCAUCCGUGGCGGCUAUGGUGGAGCGGCACCGCUUUGGCUCUCUCGAGUACGUUGGCUUCGCAAGCCGUCUGUGUGGCGUCAAAUACCACGGGACCGCCGCGUCGAACCGCGCCGCGGCUUUGCUGAUGGGCAAAGAGCACGCCUACGGCCUCUCGCUUCGUUCGUGGAGGGAGAGGCUGUCCUCACUUCUAGCGCGCCGCAAGUACACCCAGGCGCUGGACCUCGCGAAAGGGUUUGCCGAGGAAGUGGCGCUCUCCACGGUCGGCUUCAGCAGCAACGCCGCGAACUGCCGCCGCGAACUGCAUCAGUUCAUGGAGCGCAUCCUCAUCGCAUACGUGGAGAGCCGUCUCGCUGUGUUGCCGAGGACCGAAGCGACAGGCAAGAGCAGUGGUGGACCGCCAAAGCAGUCAGCAGGAAACAGUGACCCUGUUUGCGGGACCGAGUUCCUUCUUGACGUGCUACAGCAGAUUGCAUUCUACUGCAGCGCCGUCGACGGAUUAAACUUGCUGUAUGGCCCCGUCGCCCUCGCACUUCAGCAUCAGGGGCUGCUUUCGCACCUGCUGUACGUACUAGAGCAGUGUAUGCGGCACGGCAUCAUCACGUACAUGCCCGAGACGCUGAUUGAGCGUUUCAUUUAUCUGUUCCUCGAUGAUGCUGAACUCGAUGCGGUGGAGGUGGCGCUGGGAGUGCGGCCGCUAGCACCACGCGAUGGAAAGGAAGCGCGAGGCGACGUACUCGAUGCGGAUUCAGCCGUGAAGAUAAGCGGUAGGGACCGUGUGGAGCUCGCCCUCAUGUCCCUCGACUCGGGCGCUCCUAGUUUGCUGCGGCUUGCGCAAGAGCACGGUUUGGUACGCCUCACUGUGACCAUCUUGUCACUGCGGCAGCAGCGCUAUGUCGACGCGCUGGCGUACGCGUUGGACGAGGAGCAGAAAGCAGACGAGGGCCUUCACGGGAGUGACCGUGGCCCAGAGGUCUGUGCGCCACGGGUACCGAAGUGUCCAAGUCUUUUUGACUCACCCGACGCCGCCUCGGUGGCUGUUGACUUUGUCGAGUGCACCUUGAAGGGUGUGAGCCUCCUGCCAGGGGCUUCUCUUGCCAUCGGUGAACAACGUCCGGCCAAGAAGGCGAUUCUCGAGUAUCUUCUGCGGCCGGCCUCCAACGACGGCAGGAACGCCGACAGUGGUGCCGUUGGUGGUGGGGUGCACAACCUGCUCCGUUUCUUGCGACGGCAGCCGGAGCACGCCAUGCGUGUACUCCUGUUCGCCCUCUCCGACGAAGGUCCGUGUAGUCCGUGGGGCGGCGCUGAUGGACUCUCUCGCACCCAGUUUGUGUCUAGUGUAUACUUCAUCUUGACUGGGGGCUCACGCACGCGGCCGCGCCACGCAGCGGAGAGCGACUUGCUGUCGGCGAGCGGCCAACGGCAGGGUCCGCUGGACCUUUUCCGCAUUGACGAUGAAUUGUUGAACCGUCUCCCGGCCCUGCGGACGCUGAGGGCAACCGAGCUGGCACAGCGCCCCUUCCCGCCGUACAUCGCUGUCCACACCUUCCUCGCUGGGGCCGCCAUCUUCAAUGAGCUUUUGCUCUCCACGGACGCCGACGAGCUCGCCAGCGACGAACCGGACCGGCCGCCUGUGCGCCUCGACGUGUGGCUUGACCUGGUCAUCCAAGACGUGCUCUUUGCGUUUCAGAGCGCCGAGAGAGUCGAGGAGCGGCGAGAAUUGCAGGAGCACCUGCUCCGUGUCCUCGCCCCCGACCUGCUUCCACCAUAUCGUGUCGCUGUGUUUCAGUCAGACUUCACGCGGCUUCGCAUGGCGCGCUGCCUGGCCGCCCUCCUUUGCAGGGAGCAGCGGUAUGCAGAGGCAAUUGCGUGCUACACGGACCCUAUGCAGAACUGUGUGGAUGCGCAGCUACAGCAAGACGUGUUCAAGAUGCUCCGUGACGAGAUGCAGCACUUGCAAGACCUAAGGACGCAAACAAUGAACCGCGCCCAGCAAGAGUCGAGUCGGAGCCAACGCCGUGGAGGCAGCGCGCUUGACAGCGAUCGCAAUGCCGCGUCGCUUGUGGGCGGAUCGGCCACGUCUGAGGUGGGCCGAGGCUUUGGCGACGACGUCGAGCAAUACUUCAGUGAGGAAUCCUCGUUGAUCGCGCCCACCGUUACGGCCACCGCCACAGCUCCUAUCGACGCUGCCAUCAAGUCCCUCCAGCUAGCGGUGAUGAGCCAGGUGGAGUUGCUCGUCCGCAUCGACGCGACUUCGCUCGCGCAGUUCGUCUUCGACUACUUGCCGUCGAACCAACGCGAGGUGAUGAAGCUACUUCGCGGGUCUAGCGCCGCCUUCAUGGACUACCUCGAUGAGCUGGUGACCCAAGGCGACCAGGCCGUAGCAAACGACAUGAACUUGCAGAAUACGUACAUUGAGCUCCUCUGCGAACAUGCUCCGCGGCGCGUGUACAGCUAUCUACAGGAAAAGGGCAAUCGAGUCACCUACGAUGUGCAGCUGGCGCUGCGUGCCGUGCGCAAACACCGCAUCGCCGACGCCGCCGUAUACUUGCUGGAAAAGGCGAUGAUGAUCGAAGAUGCGAUGACGGUGAUGCUGCGGGCCGUGCGCGAGCUGCUCGGUGCUCUUCGCGAAGAGGUUGUGACCCGCGUGACUCCAGCUGCGGAAGCAGCGACUGAGGCGCAGGGCGACCAAGACCGUAACGGACUUGCCCCGCUGCUCACAAGCACACCCGGUGCUGAAGCAGGUGAAGCGGCGACGCAGCGCGGAUGCAGGAGGCGCUCGACUCGCGGAAAGGAGGCCCCGCCGCUGACGUGCGAGCUCGCCAGUUUGGAUUCGGCGACUGAGCUGCGGCGCUUUGUCGGCAUCGGGGAGGAGCUGUGCCGUAAGCAUCAAGCCGAGCGUGUCGCUGGUGUGGCGUCGACCAGUGACGCCGCCACUCCUCUUGCAGUCGCAUCUUCGCGCACCUUUUCCUCCGCAAGGCACGGGUUUCCCGGUAGCUCUCCGCAGCACCCUGAGUACUGGUUUCGACUGCUUGAUGUCUUCAUGGUGCCGCGCCGGCUCUUGUGCGAGAUGAUGACGCAGGAUGAUCGGCUGCAAGCUCUCGACACAGCCCCGGUGCCAGCUCGGCCAUUCACAAGCAGCGACCCCACAGGUAUGAGCAACGAGCUAGAUGCCGCCGCUCACAUCGCCAUGGCGUCCUAUGCUGGUGCGGCAGCCGCGUCGCUGGCAAACCCGCCCUCUGCUGCGGGGCUACCGCAGCACUUGGCGAACUUGACCACACCCCUCAGCAGAGAGCAGAGACGGUGCGUCGAAGCGCUUGUCGCGGUCUACACCCAGUACACCUCGAGCAUUCUGCAAUCGAUGAUGCGGACCCUCGACGUCGCCGUCGUCGUGAGCAAGGUGGUGCAAGACCACAAGAACGGGACAUUUUGCGCCCUCAAGCCCGUUCUUUUGGAUAUGAUGGACACCCUCAGCUUCGACCUGGAGGUAAGCCGUCUGUGCAAGCUUGCGACAGAGCGUGACGUGAUGCUGCGGGGGCGCGAGCUCUAUCAGAUGCUAAACAGGAGCGUUGUGCCACAGUCGGACUGCUGUGCCUUUUGCCACAUUAACCUCCGUGAGCCGCCUCUGCCGCAGCCAGCGGGAGACGAGGUGGACGCUGCUGCCACUGUCGGUCUUGUACCUUCGGCAGUUUCUGUGUACACGUGUGGGCACACCUUUCACACGGUCUGCGCUGCGCAGGCGAUGGGGUCGCGCCAGGGGUGCGGGAUUUGCAUGCAGAGCAGGUGUUCUUCUGGCAAGCCCGGAGAAUACGAGGUUUAUGGCAACACCAGUGGUGCAUCAGCCGCGCAGCCUUCCACAAGCGGCGGCGCAGCUGCCGACCGCGCAGGGCACGAGGACCAUGCCGACCCUGUGACCACCGUGGUCAUGCGGGCAGCGGAAAGGACCAUCGACGUGGCUCGCAUGCAGCGCCGCGUGCGCCAGACGAAAAUGAAGAUGGACCACCCCGAAGACUUCUACUCUGUGCUGCAGUCGCUGCUGGCAUGGGACACCUCGGCGUCCGACUCUUCUCUCGGCAAAGCGGGACCUGGUGGGACGAGAGACGGGUCAGGCAACCGGGUACUUGCGCCGUCUCCAUCAGUUCCUGCCGUGGCUGGCCAGGCGCACGGGCCCGUGACAGGCGGGGUGGCAACCAUGCAGGACAAGGUCCUCGACACCCUCACUGAUGCGGAGAUCCUGGAGCUGUUUGGCGGGGUCUGA